AGUCAGGCGUUAAACUGAUCCUCCCCCUCUCACGAAGGCUAUAUUAUGGACGCGUUGCGGGCGAUUUAACGGUAAUAUUCCGCAAAGAAUGUGCCAUGACGGUCUCGGAUCCACUAAUCAAGGAGCUAAAAGGGUGGACUCGAAAGCUGGUGGAGCACACCAAGGAGAUCACUGACGAAAACGAGGAUCUGUGUCACUUUUGCAAAUGCUUGGAGAAUUGCUUGCAAAAGGGACUGUUGCCUUGCGUCGACAGUGUUGGAUACUUUAAGGUACCCAAUGCCUGGCACUGGUUGAAGUAUGUCGCUGAGAAGAAUUAUAGCUCCUGCAACACGUUCUCUUUGGUGGCGGAGCAGGCACAGCAGAAUGCAAAGAUACACACAUCAACCGGACGACUUCGUUUCCUGAUAAGGAUGUGCCUAGUACGAAAAUGCCUUCACAUGCCAGUAGAAAUAUUGACCAGACUAUCGACUUUAGCUACCGAGUUUUACGACAUGAAGAGCAUUUUGGGCGAUGACAUUCUACGGCAGAUAUUGCUGUCUGUGCUACUGCAGUGCAGCAAGUUGAACUUCAAGCUGAAUCUGAGAAACGCGAGCUUUUUGGACGACACCUGGCUGAUGCCGAGAUGCGUGGCCCUGGAACUGGUACCGUGCAAGAGCUUGGGCAUCUCCGUAUGUUUUACCAACGAGAAGGCGUUAAUCGUCAACGUCGACGAGAGAUCAGUGGCUGCCGAAGAUAGCAAAGUCGAGACCGGAGAUGUGCUGGACGAGAUAAACGAGAACGUAAUAAACGGCGAUAGCAAGGGAAAACUACGUAAGAUCAUGCGGAAGGCUAGUGGACAACCGAUAAUGUUGCAUAUCAUUAAGGGUCGUAUCGAACAAUCUCGCGAGCUGUACGAACCGAUAGUGAGUCUCAUCAAGAAUUCCGGUAUCGAAAACAUGAAGUCCUUGAUACAGACACCGCAAUCAGAUCAAGUAAAAGCUAAGAAGGAUCAGAAGAUCUCGAAGUCGGAGAAGAAAACGCUGAGCACUGGAUUCUUCGUGCAGUACUGCGGUUCCGUGCACGUCGGCAUGGAGGGUGAUGUCAAGCAAAUUGAGAAAGCUAUCUGGCGUUUGCUCAAAUCGGGGGAAGCGAGACAAGUGCCUGUACGAUUUGAAUGCCUGGAAAUCGGGAUUAAAGUAACUCGAGAGUCGGACGAUGAGACAAUAUGCAAGCAAAGUUACAUGAAGAUUUCGUCGUGUGGACGCACUGCCAAUAUCCCGGAUUAUUUUGCGUUCAUUGCGGGAGAAACGAAUUGUAAUGUGGCAAGAAACUUUGAGGCAUAUAUCUUUUACCAUCGGAACGAUAACGAAGUCCAAUAUAUACUGCAAAGUUUAGGACAAGGAUUUCAGCGUACCCACUUUGCAGUCUAAACGAUACGUGUAACAUAUACAUAUUUAUUGUGCGUGAAGUACGCGGAAGAAAACAAUGUUGUUACCUUUGUAGGUUUUUGUACGUUGAGCUUAUUUAUUGACAUUGUUUUACAAUUUUAGAGAUAGAACUUUCCCAGGAGAAAGCGCCAAAUUUAUUAUUAGCGGAAUUACCAAUAGCCAUAAUUUAAAUAUGAUAAUUGGUGCACAAAAGAAGACCAAAUAUAAAUUGAGAAAAUAUAUAACUGUGUAGUGCAUUAUCAAUAUACAUCGCAGAGCGUUUUUGAAGCAUUUAUGUAAUUUGUUAUUAGCAUUACUUGCAAAUAAAAAGUUCGUUCAAUUCGC